GAUUCUUCCCUGGGACUUUAAACAAUGUCUACAUUACAUUGUGUAAUACCAUCCUCUAUUAUCCUCUCUAAAACAGAAAGGCAACAUAUUCCUGUGUGACUACAAGCUUCUGGAUGGACUGAAAGCAAACACCAUCAAUGGGAAGCAGCAGUACAUGACGGCUCCCCUUGUCCUGCUCCACAAAACACCUGAUGACAAGCUGAUGCCACUUGCUACUUAGGUGAGAUUAGCACUCAGAGUGAAAAUGGUGCACUAUAAAGUGACAGUAUCCACUGCCUGCCUCGAUGAUGCCGGCACUUCAAACAAGGUCCACAUUAAGCUGUGGGGACAAAAUGGACAGAGUGAACGCACCUGGCUUGAAGGAGAUUCAUCUUUCAUCCUAGGAGCUGUGUCUUCUUUCACUGUUUCCUGCCCUGUCUCCAUUGGAGAGCUGCAUGGGAUAGAGCUAGACAAACAGCCACCAGAAAUACAAGAUGAUUGGUUCCCUGUCAAGGUGGUAGUCAAAUCUCCUGAGGGAGGCACCUACAAGUUUCCCAUUUUACGCUCCAUCACUACCAGUGAUGUACAAUUCUUCAAUGAGGAAAAAGCUCCGAUUACGCCGCCUAUAAAAACGUGUAUUAUGGCAAGAAGCCUUUGGGACUGGGUUGACCCGGAUUGGCGAAAGAAAUACUAUCUCUGGCAUUUGUAUGGAAAAGGAAUGCCCCAUUGCAUGAAGGCAGAAACGCUUUCUUCUCUGCCUUUGGAGGUUCAGUUCUCCUGGAGCGAGAAUUGGGAGUUUCUCUCCAAUGUCAUCACUGGGCUGAUUGAGCUGAACCUGAAAGAACUUGCUGAUUCCAAAGAUAACUGGACUGGUCUUGAUGAUAUCAGGGGAAUAUUAAACACCAAGAACAACUUAUCAGGCUAUGUCCAGCAACAUUGGAAAGAGGAUGCUUUCUUUGGCUACCAGUACCUAAAUGGUGUCAACCCCAUGUUGAUCCGACGUUGUUCAGCUCUGCCCAACAACUUUCCUGUCACUGAUGAGAUGGUCUUCCCCAGAGGUCCGUAUACCUUGGCAGAGGAAAUUAAGAAAGGCAACAUAUUCCUGUGUGACUACAAGCUUCUGGAUGGACUGAAACCAAACAUCAUUGAUGGGAAGCAGCAGUACUUGACGGCUCCCCUCGUCCUCCUCCACAAAACACCUGAUGAUGAGCUGAUGCCAGUUGGUAUUCAGCUGAAGCAGACUCCAGCAGGAAACAAUCCCAUCUUCCUGCCUACUGAUUCUAAGUACGACUGGUUGAUGGCCAAGAUUUUCGUGAGAAGUGCAGAUUUCAACCUGCAUCAACUGAAUUUUCACCUGCUGCGCACACAUCUGCUGGCUGAAGUCUUCACAGUGUCACUGAUGCGCAAUGUGAACAGGGAACAUCUACUGCAUAAGCUGCUCGUACCUCACACUCGUUACACUCUGCAAAUCAACUUCCUAGCUCGAAAAAACAUCAUAUCUGAGAACGGAUCUUUCUCAAAGUUUGUAUCUUCUGGUGGAGAGGCUUUGAAGACCAUCCUGAAGCGAUCACUGUCCUCAUUGACCUACAGCUCCCUCUGCAUACCAGAGGACAUCACUGAGCGUGGCCUGGAGGCUGUGCCCAACUUCUACUACAGGGAUGAUGGACUCAAGCUCUGGGAUAUCAUCCAAAGGUUUGUGCAGGGAAUGCUCAGCUUCCACUACAAGAGUGAUGCUGAGGUUGAGAAGGACAAACAUCUGCAGGAUUGGAUUUCAGAAAUCUUCAAAUAUGGAUUUCUUUCCCGAUCAUCAACAGGGAUCCCACAGAGAUUCAACACCGUGGCAGAGUUGGUGAAGUUUGUCACCAUGGUGAUCUUCACCUGCUCAGGACAGCACUCAGCCGUGAACACUGGACAGUAUGACUAUGGUGGCUGGAUGCCCAACGCUCCCUCCACAAUGCAACUUCCUCCACCAACCAGAAAGGGGACAACAACUAAGGAAACGAUGCUGCAGACAUUGCCUAACAAGGGUCAGACAGCUAACACAAUGUCCACCUUGUGGCUACUCAGCCACUUGGGCAUUGACACCGUACAUCUUGGCCACUACCCUGAUGCCAAAUUUGAUGAGACGACCCCCUGCGAGCUGAUUAAAGGAGCCUUUAAAGGAGAGCUUGACACAUUGAGUGCACACAUCCAUAUUAGAAACAUGAGCCUGGAGGUCCCAUACACAUACAUGGAUCCAGAGAAGGUAGAAAAUAGCGUGGCUAUUUGAAUAUCAGAAGGUAUACCUUCCUGAGCUGCUGGCCAAAUUCAGCAUCAUAUUGACAAAAGUAGGGAAGGGAAAAUCUGCAUGUUUUAAAAAUGGUGGAAGGAAACUACUGCAUGUGAUCAUUGAGUGAUGAUCUGGGAAUUUUUUUAACAGCCUGAUUGAUACAUUGGAAAAUGUACAGUUUUAAAUCAUAAUGUUAUUUCUUCUUAUUAGCCCAUUAAUCAAUACACAGGGUAUCUUAACAAAAUAAAUAGCUCCUGGAAAAAUAUUAUGUUGCAUUAUUACAAUUGUAAGACUUAAAUAAACUGUGCCUUAUUACUUAUGGUAAUAAUGAAAAAAUAAAUAUUAGGGAAUUUUGUUUUGCCAUAUUCACUACAUGCGGCAUGCCGUGUAACGUAUCUGUAUGUAUAAACAAAAUAGUUAGUGAGAAGUUUCUUAUGAUAUCCAUCUUUCAUGGACGAAAUGGGACAAUUCCAACGUGUUUGUUUAAACUUGUAUGUGAUAUGGAAAAUGUAAUAAACAUGGUGUGGGUCAUCUGAAUAUAAAA